AUGGCUCAUUGGUCGCGAAUUAUUGUAUCAUAUUUUCGACAUUACCGGCUGUAUAAACUCGAAUUAUCAGAGUCACUGAACGGUGAACUUUUUUAUAAGAAGACCAUAGAGCGUCGUUUAAAUCUCGAGACACUCCAAGAAAUAAUUAGUGAAAUGGUUAAGGAAGGCACAGCAGAGUGGGAUCCUCCAAAUAAGAAAACAUCUGCAAUAAUACAUUGGCGAAAACCAGAAGAAUGGGCAACAUUAAUUUAUAAUUGGGUCUUCGAUAACGGAAUGACAAAUUCUAUAUUAACAUUAUAUGAGAUUACACACGGAGAGCUCACAGAGGGUUUAGAUCAAAGUGUGCUUCUGAAAGCAUUGGAUGUGAUAGUGAAACGAGGGCAGGCACAAGUGUUUCAAGGGACGAGCGCUGAUGAUAUGGGUGUUAAGUUUUUUGGCGUGAAUUAA